GGAGGGAGCGGACGGGCACGGCGCCCCGGCGCGCGGCAGACAGCAGUGGAGGCACGGCCGGGGCUGGGCGCCCGACAGGUUAGGGGGACGCGGCGGCCGCCGCGCGGGCAGGAGGGCGGGGGAGCGGCGGAGGGAGGCCGCGGAGUGCGCGGAGCGAGCGCAGAGCGCGCGGCGCCGCCGGGAAGGAGGCGCUCCCGCCGCCCGAUGAAUAUUUACCCGCCGCUGAUCGCUGCGCCCCGCCGCCCUCACCUGGGCACAGGUCAGCCCAUGGUUUUCCGCUCCCCCCUAGACCUCUGUUCCUCCCACUUCUUGUUGUCCAACUUGGCGGAGUCUCACCACCGCGCCCCACUUCUGGCGAGCGGCGGCGGCGGCGGCUCCAGGGCGCCCCCGGAAGACCCGUCCAUGUUCCAGCUGCCCACCCUCAACUUCUCGCCGGAGCAGGUGGCCAGCGUCUGCGAGACGCUGGAGGAGACGGGCGACAUCGAGCGGCUGGGCCGCUUCCUCUGGUCGCUGCCCGUGGCGCCCGGGGCGUGCGAGGCCAUCAAUAAGCACGAGUCCAUCCUGCGCGCGCGCGCCGUGGUGGCCUUCCACACGGGCAACUUCCGCGACCUCUACCACAUCCUGGAGAACCACAAGUUCACCAAGGAGUCGCACGGCAAGCUGCAGGCCAUGUGGCUGGAGGCGCACUACCAGGAGGCCGAGAAACUGCGCGGCCGCCCGCUCGGCCCCGUGGACAAGUACCGCGUGCGGAAGAAGUUCCCGCUGCCGCGCACCAUCUGGGACGGCGAGCAGAAGACGCACUGCUUCAAGGAGCGGACUCGCAGCCUGCUGCGGGAGUGGUACCUGCAGGACCCCUACCCCAACCCCAGCAAGAAACGCGAACUGGCGCAGGCCACCGGCCUCACCCCCACGCAGGUCGGCAACUGGUUCAAGAACCGGAGACAGCGCGACCGCGCCGCGGCGGCCAAGAACAGGCUCCAGCACCAGGCCAUCGGGCCGAGCGGCAUGCGCUCGCUGGCCGAGCCGGGCUGCCCCACACACGGCCCUGCAGAGUCGCCCUCCACGGCAGCCAGCCCCACCACCAGCGUGUCCAGCCUGACGGAGCGCGCGGACACCGGCACCUCCAUCCUGUCGGUAACGUCCAGCGACUCGGAGUGUGAUGUAUGAUGGCCCAGGCCGGCCCUUCGCGCCCUCCCUCCCCUCCCUGCCCUCCGCGGCCUCCUCGGUCCCCAGAACCAGCCGGAAUCAGGACACACCAUCGCACACGCACGCAAGCACACACUCCCACCCCAGCAAAACCUAAAACGCAGGAGAAAUAAGUCGAGCUCAGCCCAUGAACAGCCCCAGCUGCCGUCUGCCACCACGUCACCCCAAACGCCCGGACGCCGCAUGCAGGACCAAGCGGCCGACACACACACACGGUGACAAUUGUACACUCUCUGGGACAAGCUUCUCCUCCGGUCCCCUCGGACCGGCACCCCACCUGCAUGAUGAUUUAUUUGUAUCUGGGAAAAUAUUCUCUCUAGUUUAAAACGACCCGAAAGAGUCUACUGUAACAACAACAGCAACAACAAAAAAGAACCACAAUGAGACAACAAAAGCUAAACAGACAAAAAGAGAAAAAAAUGAAACUGCCAUCUCCGUUCUUGAAUUUGUUUUUGGGAAAAAGAAAAAAAAAGAACUGGAGAGGAAACGGCCGAGGCCCGCGCCUUUGUUGCCCUGGCGCGCUCUCUUUCCUCCUCUGUUUUGAAGUCUAAGUAUCGGUCAGACAAGAUGCAAUCCUGUUUUUUGUUCAGCAGACAAUCAUUUUCUUCGUAAGCACCUUUUUCUCUCCACUCUGUCACUGCCUGUGUGGGUACUGGUUAUAAAUGUGGAAAAAGAAUAGUUAUGACUGUAACAGAUUUUUAUUUUUAUUUCAAAAUUUUAUAUGAAUUAUGUAUAUCUUAAUGAUCGGUCAUUUUCCCAGUUUGUAAUAUAUGUGUAGAAAUUGCCUGUAUAUGAUAUUGCUUUU